AUGUCUAAAGUAUCAGAUAACAAUUAAGGAUAUGAUGAUUCUCCAAUGGUAGCAUUUUUUGAAGACUAUGGCGGACCUGAUACCUUUUUUGGUACUUUGAGGGGUAUUGGUUGGAGACAAGCUGCGUAUAAGUAAAAAGGCGAAAAAUAUGCAUCUUUUGAGGAAAUAAUGCGAUUUUUUAUUAAAAUCUAUGCAUUAUUGAUUGGAAUGGUUUCGAUUUUUUAUCUGAUGACUUUUUUAUUUUUGUUUACAAAUUGGUAGACAUUGGAAGAUUAUGAGCCUGUUUACUUUAAUACUAAUCUUUAUUUGGGAACCUUAGUUGUUACUAUAUUGAUAGGGGUAGCAGGAUAUGUAUUUCACAAAGGUAGACAGGUAAUUAAUUUAUAAAUUCAAAGUUUCCUAUAAAUUUGAUACUUUAUCUUGUAUUAACCGCUGGAGUAGGCUACAUUUUUGGUUAUCCUCUAUCGAUGUUAUUACAAGAUGGCUACUAUUCGGGAUAAGAUUGGAUAAUAUUGUUAUAUAUGUAUUCAAUGUCCUUAGGAUGUUAUACAUGUUUAAUUAUAAUAUUAAUCCGAAAAGAUUAUGAAUUACGUUUAAAUUGUAAUGGUUUAUAAUUUAUUAAGUGAUGGUGUGGUCAAUAAUUGGCGUGAUGAUAUUUCUGUUAUUUGUGUUUAUCCUGACUGCUCCUUAUUAUAUAGGACUAUUGAUAACUACUUUUAUUUUCCAUAUAAUUCAUGGAUUCCUCGUUGUUAUAGAUACAAAAUUGAUAAUAUCGGGCAAAGUAUUAUUAUAAUAACUAUGAAAGUUUUCGCUUAAAACAAAUUAAUAUCUUUCAGGAGCAAUCUAUUUGUACUUAGAUAUUACUGUGAUGCUGAUAUAUUUUAUUGGUUGCAUACUAUAUGCAAUCCUAAAGUCAAAGACUAAGUGCGUAAGGGGUUGUUGUGAGUGUUUAUUAGAUGAAUGA